AUGCCACUCACCAUCGAACCCCUCCAUCGCACCUUCGCAGCAGAGAUCCGCGGGGUAGACUUCUCCAAGCCGUUGACAGAAGACGUCUUCCAAGAAAUCCAAGCUGCCAUCACAAAGUAUGGAGUCCUAGUAUUCCCAGCAACAGGCCUAGACGACAAAGGGCACGUCGCCUUCGCCAGCCUCUUCGGCGAACUCGGACGCCGCAAAGACACCGGCGGGCCUUCGCGGAUGAGUCUGCCCGAGUUGACAGACCAGGGUAACGUCGACGCCACCGGCAACGUCAUCAGUUCUCAAGAUCCGCGUGCUCAGAUCAGCAAGGGAAAUACGCUCUUCCAUGUCGACAGCAGCUUCAACGCCCAGAGAGCAAGCUACUCAAUCCUCUUGGCCCACGAGAUUCCCCCUUUGGAGGCGGGUGGCAAUACCGACUUCGCCGAUACGCGGGCGGCGUGGGAUGGGCUCCCCGAGGAGUGGAAGCAGGAACUCAUUUCCAAGGAUUAUGUCGCCGGCCAUUCGUUCUGGUAUUCCCGCAAAAAGGCGUGUCCAGACUUCUUUACGAAGCUCGAGCCGGCGAAGCAUCCAAUGUCUAAACACAAGAUCGCCCAGCUCCAUGCGGCGAGCGGGAAGAUGAACCUGUUUGUGCCGUCGCACUGUCACCACAUCGAAGGUCUCGAUGGUGAUGAAGGGAGGGAGAAGCUGGAGUACCUUUACCGCCACGCCACGCAGGACAAGUUUAUGGUUUCUGUUCCGUGGAAGCAAGUGGGUGAUUUGGUCAUGUGGGAUAACACUUGUACUCUCCAUCGAGGGACGCCAGUGGUCGGAGGCCAUAGGAGGGAUAUGAGGAGGGCGACGGUGCUGGAUGGCAGCCAGGAGGCUUGGGGCCUGAACGAGAAGGUAGAGAGGGACUUUGCGUUUGCGGGCGAAGUUAUGGCCGACGUGUUUCGAUGUGAAGGUAACUCUCAACGGGACUGUUUUCAAUCAGCAAAGUGCCCAUUUUUCACCCAACCAGUCUUUGAUAUCAAAGACUUUGCAGCAACCCAGGCUGCGGAUAUGCCAACUCCAUUCGACGCAGCCUGCUCUAUUCUAACAAAGCAAUGCCCUGCCUUCUUGAUUCGAGGAUUGCUUCCUUGUCAUUCUUUUGCCGGGUCUCUCCAAUACUUCAAGACUGUGUCCCCGCCUCCCGUCCAAUGGCCCAAAGGGGGUUGUUUCCUCUUGUUUUCGAGGCAUCGCGAUGAAGAAGGAGGCAGACUCGGCCCGGAACGGAAGCAAAGCAGAGAAGGACCCCCAAGGCACCUCGCCCUUUCUCUCAAACUUCACCUGGCGUUUCCUCCUUGCCUCUUCGUCACUCUAGAAUUUCAUCAUUCCAUCUUCGGCGCACCUCAAACGCCUUUCACUCUUCCCCCAUCAUCAACAACUUCCUCUACUCUCUUUUCCUCAAUCCUCCAUCGCAUCACGCGGCAGCCAAGCCUCCAAGACACCAUGGCUGACACCGCGAACUCGACCAUCUAUGACGAUCUAGUGGCCAAGAUCAAAGCCGCUGUCGCCCAGAAGCUCGCCGAAAACGAGUCGGCUCCUGAGGCUCCUCGCUCUGUCAUUGUACAGCGCAAAUUCAUCAAGAUCAAGAUGAACCGUCACAACCUCGAUACCAUGCCCAACGAGGUCCUCGGCAUGAUCACUACGCUCUGCCAUGAUCACGCGGGCGGAGGCCGCGAGAACCUUCGCAACCUCUGCCUCGUGAGCAAGCGCAUCCACGACAUUGCGCGUCGCGAGUUGUACUUUAUCACUCCAAUCCAGACUCCCCAGCAGCUUGCCUGCAUUGUCAGAACCCUCAUCGAGCAGCCUUCUACCCGAAAGCUCAUCCAUGACGUGCUCAUCAACAUCGACACGAACAACUUCACCGGCAAGAAUCCGGCGGCUUCCUUUUACCGCCAGUUCUCGUUCACUCAGCUUGAUGACUCCAAGCUUUCGGCGCGUGAUCGCCAGCUUCUUGUCCUCUGCAAGGCUACCUGCGGCACCAAGGCCCCCGAUAACCUCCAGUGUAUUCUGGGUCUCUUCAUGUUCCUUUUGGAGAAUACUCACCACGUCACGAUCCGCGCCGACAACUACCUCUCCAUUGCCGACCGCUUUCUGACUGCUGGUCUCUGCAUUCUUGCGCCUAAUUCGUCCAACAACCUCGACUACUCGCCUCUGUUCCCUUCCCUGGCGAGCUUGGACUUGAUCAGCAAGACCUGGCUCCAGAGAUCCAGCCAGACCUUCUUCGGCAAGGUCUUUCAGCCCACCUUGGCCCUUGCGGCUUCUUCGCCUCUGCUCGUCGAUUUCGGUUUCAAGGGACCCGAGGGCGAGCUGGCCAGCGUUCUCAUGCACUGUGGUUCUGACGUCAAGUUCCCCUUCAAGAAGCUCUUGUUGCGUGGUAGCGACUGGACCGCCUCGAGCCUCUGCGUUCUACUCCGCCGUUGCCCCAAGGUUGAGCAUCUCGAGGUCGAGACGAUCCCAGACAAAGACAACUACUUGAUUGGACAGAACAUCAACAGAGUCUUGCCCAAGUAUUGCCCCGAGCUUCGAGUCCUGUCAAUCCGCUUCUUCGGAAACAAGGAAGACUUCUUCGGUCCCCGUCUUACCCUGACCUGCCUUCCCAAGAUGGACAAUCUUAGAGAGCUUCGCAUUGAGAUCGAUGCUUUCGUUCGCGAGGCCCAGGACCUCGGCGACCUCGACCUUGCCGAGAAGCUUCCUGACAGACUGGAGAAGCUCUUCCUGGAUGCUUCGUCCGUGAAGUUCCCGGGUAAAGUCACGUCCAAGACCCCCGCGGUUCUUGCGCACAAGGAGCACGUGAAGAGAAUCAUCGAAGAUCUCUGCGAGACUCGCGCGGAGGAGAUUCCUCUUCCUCGCCUCGAUACCAUCGCCAUCGGCUGCAAGUACAGCAAGCCGAAGCAGUGGAGCAGAGUCGCCAACGACACCAUGGCCGACACCGACGCCAAGCUCCGGGUCUACACCGCCGCCGACGCCAAAACCUUACAUGGCAGCUAUGGUUUGGCAGGGGGUAUCAUGACGACACUCUGUGCAAAGGAAGCUGGCAUCAAUAAGGGUGGAGGUCCAAAAGGAGAACACAGAUGGCUAUGGUGA